CGAAUGUGACUGUUGCCUAAUUGCCCAUCUCAUCUAUCCACUCUAGCAGAGGAACGAAAGACCUGGGAUCGAGGACGCAACUUCUCUGGUCUGAAUCCAGAUUGCUACCAUCUGGAUCUGCCAUAUGCAAGCCACGCGAAACACGCUUAACAUUUCAGGCUGUUGUUCCAAGGCUAAUUUCGGUUAACACCGCUUUGAACCAGGUGCAGUGUUAGGGUGAGUUGAAUGUGCAGCACCAGUACACUACAACGUUUGACAGAGUGCAGUUACUAAAUGCGCAUAUUGAUAAAUUCCCCAAUAGCAUUUGUUUUCUAACUGGGAGUUAAAGUUAUGGAUUCAACAGUGGAUAACCGGGAGAGCAAGGCAGCGCUCCGUCCAUGCGUGCCCAGGUCCCUUCUCAUGCGCUGUCUGGUGGGGUUCCCUACCGUGGUGUGUUUCAUGUUGUCCGUGAGCUCCAUAGCCGUGUGCCUGCUCAUGAGCUUAAAGACUUACCAACUGGAGAACCGACUGCAUGCGCUAGAGAUGGAGAAAAACACAGUGUUCAACCCGCCGGAGAGCGCCUUCAUGAGCGAGGAUGGGACUGUAAUACCGACGCCGAGGAGAACUAUCGAUACGCUACUGCAAGAGAGACUGAGUGAAGUGAUGCCCAAGCUGCGCAUGGCGAGAGACAUCCCACAAGAGUGUUCCUGCCCACCAGUUCCUCUGGCUGUCUUCAGGUACAUCUGGUUGGAUAGCUCUGGCUCUGGUAAGAGCUGUUACUGAUACCGUCUGGGGUCCAGUGGAACUUCGGACCCAAAUUCCAGAAUCAUCUUUUUCUUCUUCUCCUGUCUUUGUAAUGAAGCCAUGGUCUUCAGAGUGAGUGUGUCUGUGUGUGCGUGAGUGUGUGUGCAUGCAUGCGCGCAUGAUCCUAGACUCGCUCUCUGUGUCUGUCACAGAUUAGAAUGUUGUAGGAUGUACAUUU